UUGCAGGCCGACAACGUCGCACGGCGGAAGUGUUUCUUUCGUUUCAAUCUCGGAGGUCUCUACUUUCCCUCCUCCCCUCCCAUUCCAAUCCACUCGAUCCCAAUCCCAUCAGGAACAUGGACGUACAAGUGGGUGUUGGGGAUCUGUUGAAACUGGGUGCAAAACUUAUUGCCCAUAAAGUAAUACAGUACCGUUUGGGGACCAAGCACACCACAGAGUUGGCCACCAAGUAUGGCAGAGUGAAGGGUCUACAACGCAAGACAAUCUACGAUGGAGAACUGUAUUUUGCCUUCGAGGGCAUACCGUUUGCCAAGCCCCCACUGGGUGAGCUACGAUUUCGCGCCCCACAACCAGUGGAGCCCUGGCAGGGAGUGAGGGACUGCACAUUUCCGCGCGGCAAGCCCCUGCAAAAACACUUUGUACUCAAAGUGAUGGAGGGAUCCGAGGACUGCCUGUAUUUAAAUGUGUAUGCUAAGAAGCUGAAGGAAGGCUCCUCAACGACUCCAUUGCCAGUCAUUGUGUGGAUUUAUGGCGGAGGUUUUCAAAUAGGCGAGGCCACCCGAGAUUUUUACAGUCCGGACUAUUUUAUGAAGCACGACGUUGUGCUUGUCACGUUCAAUUAUAGACUUGGCGUCUUGGGUUUUCUUAGCCUGAAGGAUCGUGACUUGGAUGUGCCCGGCAAUGCUGGCUUGAAGGAUCAGGUGCAGGCUCUACGCUGGAUACACGAAAACAUAGCCGAAUUCAAUGGCGAUCCCAACAACAUCACUCUGAUGGGGGAAAGCGCAGGUGCCGCCUCCACAGAGGUGAUGAUGACCACCGAGCAGACACGCGGACUCUUCCACAAGGCGAUCAUGCAAUCGGGAUCGUCGCUGUGUUCCUGGGCCAAUGAACCUGAUCGCAGUUGGCCCUAUCGCCUGGCCUGUCGACUCGGCUAUGCGGGUAGCGAGAAUGAGAAGGAGGUCUUUCGAUUUCUGCUCAAGGCCUCGCCCAAUGAUAUUACCUCUCAAUGCAAUAAUGUUCUAACAAAGGAGGAGGUCCGCGACUAUCUAAUGUUUCCUUUUGGACCAGUUGUGGAACCCUAUGUUAGCGAACAUUGCGUCAUACCCAAGCCCCAGAGCGAGCAAUUGGCCACGGCCUGGGGCAACGAGCUGCCUCUCAUCAUUGGAGGCACCUCCUUUGAAGGUCUCUUCUCCUAUCAGUCCACCAUGCAUGAUGCCGAGCACAUGCUCAGCUCCUUUGAGGCCAUCUUGCCGCGUAGCGUGCGUGAGCAGAGCACCCCGGCUGAAAUUCGGGAGCUGGUGCGCCAAUUGAAGAUCUUCUACUUUGAGGAUGCCACGCGGGGCAGUAUGGAGUUUAACGAAUGCCUCCAAGUGCUAUCUAUAAAGCAUUUCUGGCACGACAUGCAUCGCACACUAUUGGCCCGCCUACCUAACUCCAAGUUCCCCACCUACCUGUAUCGAUUCGACUUUGAUUCUCCACACUUCAACCAUUAUCGCAUUCUCUUAUGUGGACGGCAUCAACGAGGCGUCUCGCACGCCGACGACAUCUCCUAUAUGUUUUACCAUAUUUUGUCCAGCAAAAUAGAUAAGACGUCACCCGAAUAUCGUACUAUAGAGCGACUAAUUGCCAUGUGGACAUCGUUCGCCGCCCACGGUAACCCCAACUGUGAGGCAAUAGCCCCAACUAGCUGGAACGCCCUGGAGGCGGAUGGUCCUCGUCGCUGCCUGAACAUUAGCGAGCGGGUUGAGUUCAUCACCCUGCCCGAAACAAAACAGUUUGAAUUAUGGGAUAGUUUCUACACAAAGCAAGAUCCACAGCUGUUCAAGAUAAAAAAUAAAACAACAACAAUAAACAAUAAAAACAAGCGCCAUAAAUGUUGUACUACAGCCACAGCUUUAGAUAAAAGUGCAAAAGUGUCGAAUUCAUUGCUCAUUACACGUUUAAACGUCAGCAUGGAGAGCGACGGAGCGCCCAUUGAGGCUAAAACAAGCAGCGGCCCCAUUAUUGGCAAAGGUUGUAAGGCCGUCUAUGGCGAUGAGUACGUCAGCUUUGAGCGCAUACCCUACGCUGAGCCGCCAAUCGGGGAGCUGCGUUUCAAGGCCCCGCAGCCGGUCAAGCCGUGGACAGAGCCCCUGGAUUGUCGUUACAAAGGCGAGAAGCCGCUGCAAUACAACCAUUUCACCCAACAAUUGGAGGGCAGAGAGGAUUGCCUCUAUCUGAAUGUGUAUGCGAAGAAGCUUAAUUCUUCACAUCCACUGCCACUGAUUGUCUUCUUUUUCGGUGGCGGCUUUGAGAAAGGAGAUCCCACCACGGAACUGCACAGUCCCGAUUAUUUUAUGAUGCGUGAUGUGGUGGUGGCCACUGUGUCCUAUCGAGUCGGCGCCCUGGGCUUUCUCAGCCUCAAAGAUGCCAAAGUGGGUGUGCCAGGCAAUGCUGGCCUAAAGGAUCAGUUUCUGGCGCUCCAAUGGCUUAAACUGAAUGCCUCAAAUUUUAAUGCCGAUCCUUCCAAUAUCACUGUGUUCGGUGAGAGCGCAGGCGCUGCAUCCGUACACUACCUAAUGCUGAAUCCACGUGCCGAGGGCCUCUUUCACAAGGCUAUUCUUCAAUCGGGCAAUGUUUUGUGCUCGUGGGCGCUUUGUCCUUUGACGAAUCUGCCGCAGCGCUUAGCCAUUGCCUUGGGCAUGGACGAAGUUGAGGCUGCCACCGAUGCCAAACUUUUGGAAUUUCUACAGAGAGUGCCGGGUGAGCAGCUGGUUAAGCCCUACCUGCUGAGUGCAUCGGAGAAUCUGGACGACUGCCUCUUCCAGUUUGGUCCCAUGGUGGAACCGUACGCUUGUGAGCAUUCAGUUCUGCUACAGCCUCCCAGCGAGCUACUGGCCAAUGCGUGGGGCAACAAAAUACCUGUCCUGAUGAGCGGCACCUCAUUCGAGGGCCUCCUAAUGUAUGCUCGUGUCCACUUGGCACCCUAUUUGAUAACCACACUCAAGGAGGAACCGGAGCAUAUGUUGCCGUUAGACCUGAAGCGUAACCUGCCAUUGGACGUAGCACGUCGUCUUGGCCUGCUUUUGCAGCGGACGCACUUUGGCGAGAAGCCCAUCGGCAUGGACAGUGUGCUAUCCUAUUGCGAGUAUGCUAGCUACAAAGUCUUCUGGCAUCCGAUCAUACGCGGUCUAAACAAACGCUUAGCCGUCUCUCAGGCGCCCACCUAUCUCUAUCGUUUCGACUUCGAUUCGCCCACCUUCAAUCACCAGCGAUUGAAAUACUGCGGCGAUAAAUUGCGCGGAGUUGCCCACGUUGAUGAUCAUUCCUAUCUGUGGUAUGGCGCCUUCUCUUGGAAACUGGAUCGUCAUACUCCAGAGUUCCUGACAAUUACGCGCAUGAUCGACAUUGUAACAACCUUUGCUGCCACUUCGAAUCCGAACUGUCCCAGCGUGGCAUCGGAGCUUUCGAGGAGCUUGAAGUGGGCGCCUUUGCGGAAGGAUGCGCCAACUAUUGAGUGUCUGAAUAUCUCUGACCAUAUCAAGCUAAUGGAUUUGCCGGAGCAACAGAAAUUGCUUGUUUGGGACAGCAUUUAUAAAAAGUAGCUGCAAAAAAAGGCUUGUUUUAAACUUGACAUACAUAACUGUAUAACUAUACAUUUUAAUAGUGUCCAAAUUUUCCAUGUAUUAAAAUUUAAUCGUUGAGUAUUGUGUAAAGAUAA